CCUGCUAUGGGUAUGGGUGAUCAUGGGUAUUUUUUGGUAAUACCAAAUAUUAUAGUCUCUUUAGUAUUUUGGUAAUACCACCAUGAAUAGAUAAAUAGAAAUGGUGUCGUUCUGUGGCCUGCCAUGCGCUUCCAAAAAUGCAGCACAUCAUCCGCACCUCAUUCAUCGAGAUCCUCGAUAUCGAAGAAAGUCGGCGCGGUGUACGUGUGAUGCACGAUGAGAGUGGAAAAAUUGUCAGCUUUGAUAUGCUACUAUUAAGAAAUGACGAUAUUAUGUUGACAUCCAGCUAAGCUUCUAGUUAAAAGACUGGUAAACAUUCUGCAAUAUAUUUGUGAAUAUCGACAUAGUAAUGGUUUAUUUUAAGGAUAAUACGGAAGCACAAACUUUGUUGAAUGUUUUGCAGUUCACCACAAGAAUCCUAUAUCCGAAGUACCCACAAAUUAUUUUUCCCCUGCUUUCAAAAUUAUACAUAAUAUAUCAAUAUCGUAAAAGAAAGAUGGCAAGCCAUAUAAUUCGUGUUGUACCUCAAGAAAUAGUGACAAAACUCAUUAAUACUUAUUAUGGAAAUUCACAUACCACAGAUCCUUGCAGUUGUGUUUUAAUUCCAGACAGUACACUCAAGUUAUUGGGUGUGUUAAAUGGCAGUUGGGUUAAAAUGAGAAUAUUUUGUAAUGAAUAUGUGAAAGACGGACAUGAUAAGCAAGCAGGAUCACAAAUGAAACAGAAUGCUAUUAUUGUUCAAGUGAUAGCUCUAGAAGAUUUGGAAGACAUGUAUGCCAUUGUUGGUGAUGUCAUGAAUCACAAUUUGAAAAAUCUUCAAAAUUUGGAUGUGGCCAAAGAAUUAUGUGCAAUUUUUGCCAGUAUUGUUACAAAAUCAACUAUUUCAGAAACAUAUUCCACUAGCUUUGUGCCGCAAACAGCAGAAACAGCUAAAAUUGCUUUGGUGCAGUCUUCAAAUGAUAUUGAAAGUGAAGUAUUAAAUGAUAUUUUGAAAAUGCACUUUCGAAUUCCCCGAUAUUUGACUAAAGGAUUCAUUUAUAGCAUAGAAAUAAAACAAUAUUUGUCAUUGUUAAAUUUUUCAGAGAGUACACCCAAGAGUGAUCCACUCUUUUUUAAUGUUGUUGAUUUAUCUGGUCCAGACACUGUAGAAAUACCUUCAAAUAGUGUUGUCUGUGGUUAUUUUGUAUAUAAGGAGGUUUCAACCCUUCAUCAAGUUACUAAUAAACAUUGUUAUUUACCUCUCAAGUCUUCGUGUGUUGCUAACACUUCAAAGACUGUCACAGCAAAAAACUACAAGUCAUUUAUUCUAGAUAUUUGUCCCAGAGGAUUGUUCGAAUACUAUGAACAACUUUUUGCCCAGUUGCACCCAUUUUUAGUAAAACACCAGGCACUGGAGAUAAAUCCAAUGUUCUUGUUAUUUGGGCCACAAGGAGUUGGUAAAAGAGAAAUUGUAAAACAUGUAGCUUCAUCAAUUGGUGUUAAUGUACUCUCAGUUAAUUGUUCUCAUAUGCAUAGUUCAACAACUGGCUAUUCAGAAGGAAAGCUGAAACUUGUACUUAGCAAAGUUAAGAAAUGCUCUCCUUGCAUUUUAUUUUUCAGGAAUUUAGAGGCAAUGUUUAAAGACAAAGAUGGAGAAGAUGAUCAAAGAAUAAUGAGUACAUUUCAGGAAGAGAUAACAAAUUUAUUUAAUUAUACUAGAGAAACUUCCAAAUAUCCUGUUUUCAUUAUUGCAACCUGUGAUACUAUUAAAGAUUCUUGUUCGUCACUACCUGCUGCAGUAGCGCGAACUUUCCUGAAUGUUUUACACGUUACUGUUCCAAACGAAUCGCAGAGAGCAUCUAUGCUGACAUGGUUACUUAAGAAAGAUAAUAUAAAAUUGGAUACUGAACUAUCAGUUCAACAAUUGGCAGCUCAGACAUCUGGAUUUCUGUUUGCUGAUAUUGUGGCAUUAUUAAGCAAUGCUCUUAGCAAUCGUUACAAGCAAUUAAGAUCAACUUCACUGUCUAAAUCAGAAAAUUGUGAAAUAUCAAGAAGAAAAAUAUUUUUACUAAAAGAAGAUGUAGAUGAAGCCUUAGAGACAAUGCAUGCUGCAUAUGCUGAUGCCAUUGGAGCCCCUAGAAUUCCUACUGUAUCUUGGAAAGAUGUUGGUGGUCUGUCUGCUCUUAAGGAGGAAAUACUUCGUACUAUAAAUAUGCCCCUUCGUCACCCAGAACUAACUGCCUCUGGUCUGAGGCGCUCGGGACUUCUUCUUUACGGGCCACCUGGCACAGGAAAAACGUUAUUAGCCAAAGCCGUUGCUACAGAAUGCAGUCUUAAUUUUCUGUCAGUUAAAGGGCCAGAAUUGUUGAAUAUGUAUGUAGGACAGAGUGAAGAGAAUGUUAGAGAAGUUUUUCAACGAGCUCGUAGUUCAGCUCCUUGCAUAAUUUUCUUUGAUGAAUUGGAUUCAUUGGCACCAAAUCGAGGACGAAAUGGAGACUCAGGAGGAGUCAUGGAUAGAGUAGUGUCCCAACUUCUAGCAGAGAUGGAUGGACUUCAGAAGUCUACUCAACUGUUUGUGAUUGGAGCAACUAAUAGGCCAGACUUAAUUGAUCCAGCUCUUCUAAGACCUGGAAGAUUUGACAAGCUGCUUUAUGUUGGUGUUUGUGAAGAUAAGGAUUCUUUGUUGAGUGUGAUGGUUGCACUUACAAGAAAGUUUCAUUUAAAGGCUGAUGUAAACCUGAAGACAGUAGUUGAUCGUCUUCCACCGAAUUUAACUGGUGCUGACUUAUACUCUUUGUGUUCUAAUGCAUGGAUGAAUGCUGUAAAGAUGCACAUUAAGGCUCACAAAGAAGAGAAUAUUCCAAUACCCAAGCAAGUUGAAGUCAGCCAUGCCAACUUUGAGGAUGCUUUGUCAUCUAUCAAACCAUCAGUUUCCCCUGAUGAUUUACAGUACUUUAAAACAGUACAUCAACAAAUAGCUGCUCAUUAGUGCAAUAUUUGAUGAUAUAAAUAUAAAAAGGGUAAAGUACAAAACUUAUUGGGCUUUAUAAUAAGGCAUUUACAAUAGAAAAAUACUGAAUUUUUUAAUGCAGUGUUUAAACCUUUUCGUAUUCUAACGAAAAUUUGUUAUAAUUGUAUAAAAUUUAAAAAGAUGUGGUCUGGAAUGUUGUGUGUGUUUUGGGCAAUAUUCUGAAUUCUUCUUGAAGUCAUUUAAGAGUCAAAUAAUGAGUGAUAGAGAAUUGAAUGUACCAGUUUAAUGUAACUUCAUUCUCAUAUUUUUUAUAUGUAUAGCUGUACAUUUUGAAAUAUAUUGUAUAAUUUGAAGUAUCUAUAAAAUAUUGUCUCUUUUGUUGAUUUAUCUGCCUCAUAC